GCAGUGGGCUGGCUGCGCUGGCUGGGCUGGCUGGGCUGGCGUCGCGUCGAGGAGUGAAAUUCUGAAUGCGACGCUUGCGUUUCUGAGGCAGGGAAGGCUGCGGCUGGGUUGUGUGCUGACAGCUCUCUUAAAACAAGGAGUGACGCGAAGGGUCGUGCCUCUGUGACCGAGUCCUGUACCUUCUGGCUUGUUACAGAGACCGGCUAUGGAGAAGUGGAGCUUAAUGACAGUCACUGUCUUACUCGCACUUACUGUUCGCUGGGCUGUUUCGCUUGGUUCUUACUCAGGUGCAGGAAAACCACCUAUGUAUGGAGACUAUGAAGCUCAGAGACACUGGCAAGAAGUUACUUACAAUUUACCCAUCAGGCAGUGGUACUUCAAUACAAGUGAUAACAACCUACUGUACUGGGGCCUUGAUUAUCCACCUCUGACUGCCUAUCACAGUUUUCUGUGUGCUUACAUUGCAAAGUUAAUAAAUCCUGAUUGGAUUGCUCUGCACACAUCUCGGGGGUAUGAGAGUCAGCCACAUAAGUUAUUUAUGCGCACAACAGUGUUUGCUGCUGAUUUGCUGGUUUACAUUCCUGCAGUUAUUUUAUAUUGUUGUUCCUUGAAAGAAACCUCUACUAAAAAGAAGGUUUCCAGUGCCCUCUGCAUACUACUUUACCCAGGCCUUAUUCUCAUUGACCACGGACACUUCCAAUACAACUCAGUGAGCCUUGGCUUUGCCUUGUGGGGUGUACUUUUUUUGUCUUAUGACUGGGACCUUUUGGGGUCAGUGGCAUUUUGCUUGGCCUUAAAUUACAAGCAAAUGGAACUCUACCAUUCUCUGCCCUUUUUUUGCUAUUUACUUGGAAAGUGCUUCAAGAAGGGACUGAAAGGAAAGGGGUUGGUUUUGUUAACUAAGAUAGCAGGGACAGUGGUGGCUUCCUUUGCUGUCUGCUGGCUCCCCUUCUGUACCGACACGGAGCAAAUCAUGCAAGUACUCAGAAGACUCUUUCCCAUUGACCGAGGCUUGUUUGAGGAUAAAGUAGCCAAUAUUUGGUGCAGUCUAAGUGUCCUUAUAAAGAUAAAGAAUAUAGUAUCACCUCAAACUCAGCUAAAACUCAGUUUUGCUGUAACAUUCCUGAGCCUCCUUCCUACUUGUGUAAAACUAACCAUCCAGCCUUCUCUCCGAGGGUUUAAAUUUGCUUUGGUUAGUUGUGCAUUGUCAUUUUUCCUGUUCUCCUUUCAAGUACAUGAAAAAUCUAUCCUUCUAGUGUCAGUACCAGUCUGCUUGAUCAUAAAUGAAAUCCCUUUUAUGGCUACAUGGUUUUUACUGGUGUCAACUUUCAGUAUGUUGCCCCUCCUGCUGAAGGACAGGUUGCUGCUGCCCUACAUUGUGACCAUGCUGGCCUUCCUCUCAGCCUGCCUGGCUUCCUUUUCCAUCUUUGAGAAGACCUCAGCAGAGGACUUACAGCUGAAACCCUUAACCCUUUCCCUGAAGGGAUAUGUUUCUUGGUUUAAGUCCUUUCCCAAGAUUGUCAGGAGCUUGUUCCUUUUCUCCAUAACCCUGAUGGCCACCCUGUCUCUAAUGAGUGCUGCAGUGCAUCCUCCACAGAGGUUUCCAGAUUUAUUCCCUGUAGCUGUGUCUGUUCUUUCUUGCUUACACUUUUUAUUAUUUUUGGUGUAUUUUAAUGUUGUUAUACUCUGGGACUCAAAGAAUAGUAGAAGUAUGAAGAAAAUCAGUUAAUCAACCUGUGAAGAUCAAGGGCUAAACUGUGAAAGGACAAAGUAAUUCCAGUGGAUGGUGUCUGGCAUGGCAGGUACAGCUGGCUGUGAUCUAAGACAAUUCCUGUAACCUAAUGAAAAGCAGGAACCACAUUAUGGAUAUUUAAACACAUAAUGAUUAAAGACUGCUUUAACGGAGAAGUAUUUUGAAGGGCACUUGGAAAUGUGAUUUGGUGUGUUUACUUCAGAGGUGUAAUACUUUUGUUACCAUUUGUCAACUUGAAAUGGCUAAUAAAGGACCAAAUUUUGAAUUGGGA